AUGUCUUCACCAUAUGUGACAAACUAUGAUGACUUUCAAUCCACAAUCAACUUUGCAUUUGGCGACGGUGGGCCUUGGACAUGCGAUUUGUUCGGAUCAGGGCUUUGUCGUCUUGAAACUCGUCAGCAUAUUGAUUCUGGAGUCACCGAGUAUCUGGCAUUUGGCGGAAUGCUCGGUGCGAUGCUCAAAGUACAGCCAGAAUUGGCGCGACCAGGUCAAAAAAUGUCAUAUACAUGGCAGUUCAGUGGAUGCAUUGGCGCGACAAUCCAGAGUCAUUCGCUUUUAGUGAGUGUCGGAGGUGAUGUCACUUACUUGACUUUGCAAACGUGCCCAACAGCGGGCCAACCUCAGACCAUGACCGGAGAAUUUCCAAUCUCAUACGACGGGACAUUCUCUAUCUACAUGUCAGCAGGUUAUGGGCAUAUAGUAGCUUAUAUCACCGGGAUGAGAUUUACAAUGUCACCAAGCGGUAAUCCUCCAGCUCCAGUCGGUGCAUCACAAGGAGGUUCCUCCGCCAACAUUCCGACGUCUGGAAUUGCAGGGACACCUAUUCCUUCGGUUUUGACAUCAUCCCGUCUCGGUGACACCACCGGCAUCCCCAAUGGCUCUGGUAUGGCAUCAAACGGUGCACCAACGACGUCUCCUUCCGACUCCGCCUCGUUCUCCACCCUACCUCCAUUUGGAGUCUCAACGAGUACGAUAAAAGGAUCCGUACAGAAUACCCAAGGACCUGGUGUCGCGCCUACACCACCGCAAUCAUCCAACAAUUCCGGCAGGGCAUCAGUCAUCGUUGGGUCCGUUCUCGGGACCGCUUCGGUUCUCGCAGGUGCCCUUAUACUUUUCCUAUACCUUCGGAGACGACCGAGGCGAAAAAGUCCGAGACAAGCGAAAACAACCAAGGCGACGACUGUACAUCCUAGCAUUACGCCGUUUUACGACGAAGAUGCACUGGAGAGUGCAUCACCUAGGAAUGAAGCCCCAACUAUACCCUCUAAGGAUCAAAAGCAACCUCUUCCGACUCCGGCUUCUCCUGGACCAUCAGCUGUCGUAUUCGGCGAGAAGGGUCGGUAG